AUGCCGUCCCUCGCGCAGUCCAACUCAACAGCUUUGGAGGGGUGGAAGCUAGAUGACAACUCACGUUCAAGCUGGGACAUUCUUUGGACCUGUCUUUCGACCAUUUUUGCGUGCACCUGGACAGCACUGCAUCUCUCUGUCCCAAGAGCUUCAAGGUCCGACGGACAAAAUAUCAUGCGAAAGAUCGUUGCGUGGAUAUUUGCCACGCUUGCCCCGGAGUUCAUGGCGGGGACGGCAUCGCAAGAACUAUGGGUGGCAUGGGUCGUGACAAAACGAUGUAAUGCUACAUUCAAAGAAGUGGAGCAGAAGACCACCACGAGUGAUGGCUCCUCGCCUCAUUCAGGGACUCCUCGAUGGAACCUCAUUCACGGCUUUUGUAUAUAUAUGCAUGGUGCUGUUUUACAAACCAGUGAUAGACAUUGCUUCCCAGUCCAGUACCAACAUGUGGGUCUUCUCAUUAGAGAAGGAGUUCUGAAGCCCCAUCACUUGAGAGCGCCCGAGAUUAAAGAUCGAGCCAAAGCAGACUCUCUUGCGAAAGCAUUUACACUGCUUCAAAGCUUUUGGGUGACUUGCAACAUCAUUGCGAGAAGAGCCUAUGACUUGCCCAUUACGCCCAUCGAGAUUUCUGUAGUAGCCUACGUCGCAUGUGUUGCGUUUACAUAUGGAACGUGGUGGCACAAGCCAAGAGAUAUGACAACGCCGAUCACAAUACCUUUGCCAUAUAACCGAGAUAGCGAAGAAAUGCCUUUAGGCUUGAGACAUCUAACAGAUUCAAAGCCAGAUCUCUGGUUCCGCUUCCCAGAAUAUGAUAAACAAGGCCAUGUUCACGGUGUCAUUGUCGAGUGUUUUUUCAUAGUAGCCAACAUUGUGGUUACUUGUUUCAAACCAUCCCGUUGGAAGUCGAUUUUAAAAAAUGAACAAAUGUUGAUCGCUCCCAUCGAUGCGAGCACCUCUGAAGCUCCAAGUGUUGUAGCCAAAAAGCCUCGGGAGGAUGAAAAGAGUAUUCCAAAGACCAAAUCAUCUGGCUUGAAACCGCCGGUAAAUCACGAAUUGGAAGAAGAGAAAGGCUUUGACGAUACUUUCAUCGGAAAUAUCUACGGAGCGACUUUUUUCAUAUUUAUCUCUGUCGUCUUUUGUGGAAUACACGUCGCAGCGUAA